CUGAUACGGAAGUUUGUUUAUACAUGCUCUGUUUGGUCAGCUAGACGUAAAAAGAAUUGUAUUUAUACGUGUCAUAAGAUAAAUGUACGAGUAAUUUCAUCAAGUAUUUAUCUUCGUGAUUGUGGAAUCUUGUAUUCAAACAAAUCGAGUUUGACAUUUGUUUUCGGAAGUUGAUUUCUAAAUCAGAAUCAUGGCUGAAGAUUUUGAUCCCUGUGAAUGCAUUUUCUCUCAUGAGGGAGCAAUGCGAAGGCUAAUAUCUUUGCUGCGAAAUUCUCAAGCCUAUUGCACACCUGAAGAGUGCUUCACAACUCCACCAGGACCUGUUGUCUCAGAAAGUGGAGGCUCUGAUGGAACUCUAAUGAUGAUGUGUAUGGGAUGGGUGCUGUUGGCACUGGUGCUGUUCUUCAUGCGCCCAGCAUCUCUUGCAUUGGGAGGCGACGAAAAGCCCUCCAACAAUCAAGGACCUAGUCAACCACCACCUGAUAGUUCAGUGCAAUAAAGUUGAUAAUGAUGUGCAAGAUGUUUUAUAUUUGGCUUAUUGAUAUGUUUUCAGAAAGGUCUUUCUCAAAAACAGUCAGUAAAAUGCCAAAGCAAUAUAUGCAUUUGUGUAUUAUUAUUGUAUCUUGUGUUAAAUACUAAAGAGUUAAAUAGGUUUAUCCUUCAUUGUUUUUAUUUGACUGAAAUAACCAAAGCACAUUCCAUUUCUUUGCACAUUGGUAACAUUUAUUCAAGCACUUUAAAAUUGGCUGUUUUAUUUUUUUGCAUUAGUUUUGGCAUUUUACACAUGAUGCAAUAUUUUACCUUUGUUGCUCGUGUUAAAAAGAAAAUUUGCAGUUAAAAGAAAUAGCCCUAAAUUAAUUUUUUGGUAUCAACGUUGUUAUAAAGAAUUACACAUUAUUAAAAAAUAUUUUGCAGUGUCUAUUAGAAACAAGUAUGUAUUUUUCAUGUAAUCAACUUCGGCAUGCAAAUAACAUUUUUAUGCAUGGGAUUUUCUCGUUAUCCUGGUGUUUGCAAAUCACAUUGUUGAUGCAUUUCUUGUAUUUCCAGUUUUACAUUCCCACUAUAUCACUAAGCACAUGAUUGUUACAGAAACUAAGCAAGGUAUUGUAAAUGUGAAGUUGAAUGUGGAUUUUAUUAAAUUUUUAGUUUGGCAUUCAAUUUUAAAUAAGAUUUAUUAAAUA